CAGUUCCCAACCCUGGUAUUCUGCGCCUUGUGAAAUAUCGUCUGCUCUAGUACUAAUCUAUUACAUUUUGUAAACAUUAGUUUGGCUGCCUGUAGGAUGUCAAAAAGUUAUUAAUGCAUUGAGAUAGGUUAAUAAUUGCAUAAAUACAUCAAAGAAUAAUGGAUACCGUUCCAAAGGAACUCAGAGGUUUGAGGGCAUGCUUGGUUUGCUCUCUUAUAAAGACAUUUGACCAAUUUGAGUUAGAUGGUUGUGAUAACUGUGAUGAAUUUUUAAGGAUGAAAAAUAAUAAGGAUAACGUAUUGGAUUGCACUAGUGCAAACUUUGAUGGAAUGAUUGCUUCUAUGAGCCCCGAGGAUGGCUGGGUUUCUAAGUGGCAAAGAAUUAAUCGGUUUUGUAAAGGCGUCUACGCUAUUUCGGUCUCAGGACGUUUACCAACAGGAGUAGUGCGAGAAAUGAAAAGUAGAGGAAUUGUUUAUAGAUCACGAGACACAAGUCAGCGUUAAUAUAGAAUAAGAUUCUAUAAAAAUAAAGUUCCACUUUAUGGAUUUUUUUUAUAACAUUUGCAAAAUGUUAAACAGUUCUUUAUAUUUCAUUCUUCUAUAAUUUAUAUUAAGAAAUUUCAUUUGAUUGUUUAAAUUUAUAAUAAAAAAUUUAUAUAUACCUAUAAAUAAUGAAA